GACGGAGACUCCCAGGCUACCUCCAAAUGCUGACCUUCACCCCGCCCCGCAAUUGGAGAACAGAAGGAAAACAGACCCAUCUGCUGUCCCCCUGAGCAAGUCAGAAUAGCGCCAGGAAUCAGAGCCAGGAGACCCAAUCUCAGCCCUGCUCUCUACUCUGCUACCCCUGAACCCGAAUCCCCCAAAAUUCAUCUGAGUGACUUGCUGAGUGCUUUCUGGCCACAAUGCUGCUCGGGGCCUCUCUGGUGGGGGUGCUGCUGUUCUCCAAGCUGGUGCUGAAGCUGCCCUGGACCCAAGUGGGAUUCUCUCUGCUGCUGCUCUACCUGGGGUCCGGCGGCUGGCGCUUUGUCCGAGUCUUCAUCAAGACCAUCAGGCGCGAUGUCUUCGGCGGCAUGGUGCUUCUGCGGGUCAAGGCGAAAGUUCGCCGGUACCUGCAGGAGCAGCGGACGGUCCCCGUCUUAUUUGCCGCUACCGUGCGGCGCCACCCUGAGAAGACGGCGCUGAUCUUCGAGGGCACGGAUACCCACUGGACCUUCCGCCAGCUGGAUGACUACUCGAGCGGCGUGGCCAACUUCCUGCAGGCCCGGGGGCUGGCCUCGGGCGACGUGGCAGCCCUCUUCAUGGAGAACCGCAAUGAGUUUGUGGGCCUGUGGCUGGGCAUGGCCAAGCUGGGCGUGGAGGCGGCGCUCAUCAACACCAACCUCCGGCGGGACGCCCUGCGCCACUGCCUGACCACCUCCCGGGCCCGCGCCCUCAUCUUUGGCAGCGAGAUGGCCCCGGCUGUCUCCGAGAUCCACGCCAGCCUGGACCCCGCCCUCAGCCUCUUCUGCUCCGGCCCCUGGGAGCCCAGCGCUGUCCCCACCGGCACCGAGCACCUGGACCCCCUGCUGGAAGACGCUCCCAAGCACCUGCCCAGUCGCCCUGACAAGGGCUUCACAGAUAAGCUCUUCUACAUCUACACGUCGGGCACCACCGGGCUGCCCAAAGCCGCCAUCGUGGUGCACAGCAGGUAUUACCGCAUGGCCGCCCUGGUGUACUACGGGUUCCGCAUGCGGCCCGACGACGUGCUGUACGACUGUCUGCCGCUCUACCACUCCGCAGGAAACAUCGUGGGGAUCGGACAGUGCCUGCUGCACGGCAUGACCGUGGUCAUCCGGAAGAAGUUCUCGGCCUCCCGGUUCUGGGACGACUGCAUCAAGUACGAGUGCACCAUCGUGCAGUACAUCGGGGAGCUGUGCCGCUACCUCCUGAACCAGCCCCCGCGGGAGGCGGAGAGGCAGCACCGCGUGCGCAUGGCGCUGGGCAACGGGCUCCGGCAGUCCAUCUGGGCCGACUUCGCCGGCCGCUUCCGGAUCCCCCAGGUGGCCGAGUUCUACGGGGCCACCGAGUGCAACUGCAGCCUGGGCAACUUCGACAGCCAGGUGGGGGCCUGUGGCUUCAACAGCCGCAUCCUGUCUUUCGUGUACCCCAUCCGACUGGUGCGUGUCAACGAGGACACCAUGGAGCUGAUCCGGGGCCCCGAUGGCGUCUGCGUCCCCUGCCAACCAGGCGAGCCGGGCCAGCUGGUGGGCCGCAUCAUCCAGAAGGACCCCCUGCGGCGCUUCGACGGCUACCUCAACCAGGGCGCCAACAGCAAGAAGAUCGCCAGAGACGUCUUCAAGAAGGGGGACCAGGCCUACCUCACCGGCGACGUGCUGGUGAUGGACGAGCUGGGCUACCUGUACUUCCGAGACCGCACAGGGGACACCUUCCGCUGGAAAGGCGAGAACGUGUCCACCACCGAGGUGGAAGGCACACUCAGCCGCCUGCUGGACAUGGCCGACGUGGCGGUAUAUGGCGUCGAGGUGCCAGGAACUGAGGGCCGGGCCGGAAUGGCUGCUGUGGCCAACCCCACUGGCCAGUGUGACCUGGAGCACUUUGCGAAGCUUCUGGAGAAGGAGCUGCCCCUCUACGCCCGCCCUAUCUUCCUGCGCUUCCUGCCUGAGCUGCAUAAAACAGGGACCUACAAGCUACAGAAGACAGAGCUGCGGAAGGAGGGUUUUGACCCCGCGGUCGUGAAAGACCCGCUGUUCUACCUGGACGCCCGGAAGGGCCGCUACGUCCCCCUGGAACGCGACGCUUACGCCCGGAUCCAGGCUGGUGAAGAGAAGCUGUGAUUUGCCCGUCUCUGAGGGCCGGCGGAUGCUGGAUCCAGAGCCCCAGCUCCCACCCCAGAGGGCUCCCGGGCGACGCCAGACCAAAGCGAGCAGGGCCCAGCACCUUGAGGUGCCGACCCCUCCCCCCAAAACUGCCAAGUGACUCACUGCCGCCUCUCCCUGCGCCCCCCUCAGAGGCUUUCUGUGAAAGCCCCACAUCCAAGGCCCCUGCGCCCCAGGCUGAGACUGACUGGGCCUUUCAGGAUGAUGUCUUGCGUCAGGGCAGGGGAGGUGGAGGGUCGCCGAGCUCUCCCCAGGGAGUGAGGCCCCUGUAAUUGGGACCGGCGGAAGCCCCAGACUCAGGAAGCCAGCAGAGUGGGCAGGGGCCCCUGGUCAGGCGGCCAGAGAGGAACCUGACUCCGGAGCUGCUCAAGUGCCGCUCAGCCCUGGCCGCCCCAGAGCGGGGGCCCUGCCCUUCAGCAGGGGGCCCACAGACACCCCCCCGCCGCAUCCUCCUCUCCCUGGUAGCUGCCCGGCUGUCUCUGGUCUUGUCUGUGUCACCUCCGUCAGUCCUGGCCUGGCUAUGAGGGAAGGAGGGGUGGGGGCGCUCAGGGGCCAAUAAACCGCUGCCUGACUCCCUGCCUGUGUGCAUGCCGUGGGCUCCCCCAGCCUGCUCAGGCCCCACCUCCAGCCGUCAGCUGACUCAUCCAUUGUUCACUUGGACUUGGGGAUUGGCUGCAGGUAAGAGGCCGCAGCCCAGCCUGCAGUGUGGGGUCUGGCUGGGGCAGCCCCCCAGAGUCUGCAAGGUGUGAGGAUUCCACCUGCAGUGUCACCAAGGAGCUGUGGCCUUGGGCUGCAGGCCGCCUCUGCAGGCCAGGCCUGCAGACCCAGGGAGCUGUCAGGAGGAAAGGGCAGGUCAGAGCCCUGGGGGGAUCCCUAAGCCCCAUCGCCAGACCCCUGCACUGCUGGUGCCUCGGUGUGGGCAUGUGACAGCCAGAGCGGGGUGGCAAGCCAGCUGGCCCGGCUCGGAGCUGGCAGCACCCGCGGCCCACUGGGAAGGGGCCUGACACAGCCCUGGGCAGGGUCUCUGCUUUAUCUUCACUGCAAGCCCUCACACAGUCUUGGCACAGUGAGUCGCCAGGGCUGGAAUGCCAGCCCAGCUCCAUGCCCUGCCCACACUGCCCUACCCACUCCUUGGCCCUGGAGCCGCCUAGGCCCUGGAGCGUGGCCCUGGAGCCGAGCGGAGGCAGCAGGGAAGUCUGCUUCCAUUCCACACAUGCUUGUGGAGCCAGCUGGGGGCCACACCCUGGGCCAGCAGCUGACAGUUUGGGUGGAGGUGGCCGGGACUGCAGAUCUCGGUGCCUCCUGGGACAAUGAUUUUGAAAGCCCAGUUUGAAGCCUCUUUGGGGAGGAAGUGGGGUUCGGGGUUGCAAGUGGAGUUGGGCCCUUGCAGGGGAGGGAAGUGAGGCGCAUCUGUAGUGUCCGAGUGUGGCCAGCAGAGGGCGCGUGGAGCUUGGCGAAUCCCUUCUUGGCCAGGGACGGGGGGAAAGGAGGGGGAGACCCGUCUCACUCCCAAGCAAGAACCCAGCCCAGAGGGGCCCCCACCUCGUGGGCUUCGAGGGCCUUCCUUAACCUCCCUAGGAACUGGAAUUGGCAGAUCACGUGGCUCUGUGUCUUAAACUGGGAAGUGAGUGUUGGCCAAUGGGAAGCAGCCCCCCCCCUUCCUUAAUCCUGGUUAAACAGGCGCCACGGGGCAGCACAAAUAGUGGCUCACACCUCCCAGUCAGGAGCCCAACAAGCUUGGGCUCAAGUCCAUUUGUCCUGCUGAACGUGUUUCCUGUCCUGUAACUGGUCUUGGAAUCCCUGGCCUGGGGUGGUUUUGAAUCAGGUAGUGCAGACCGCUCAGCUCAGCAUAUGGUUGCAGAGAUGAGAUACUCAGGGGUUGAGACCCCAGGCCAGAACUGAGUGCACUUCUUGCCUUGGUGGCCCCGCCUACGGCCCCCCAGGAAGGCUGAGACCAGUGGGCCUCCUCCAUCCCAGCCAGCCCGUAGCGUCUCCUUGCAUGCCAUGGGUGCUCCUGAAGUUAACAGCUGCUGUUUGUGGGCAUUACUGAUGUUGGUCAUGCUUUGGGGCUUGCAGAGCACUGUGGGAGAUUACUCUGUUGAGUCUACUCUGACUGGGCCCUGCAAAGGUGGCUCAAGCAGCCCACCUUUGGAGCUGAGAACAGGGAUGGGGAAGUAGGGGCGGGUUUGCUGGUCUGGGGGGGCCUUUCAAGGACCAGUUCUCCAAAAACAGAAAGGGUAAGGUGUUCUAGACAGGAGCAGCUAAAAUCGAGGCCUGGAGGUGUCAAGGGGAGCUUAAAUCACAGUGGGCCCCGAGGGGGGUCUAGAGUUGCAAGAUGUGGGAAGUGGCCCCUCGGCACCAGGGACUUGCACACCUCGAGUCUCUGCGCUCUGCCCGGCUAUCCCCGUGUUGGGCCAAACCUGCUUCACUGGAGUUCCCAAGGGGCCCAGGGAAGCCUGCACCCCGGCACUUAUGGGGCACCGCUUCGCGAAGUCUGUAACCACGCAGCUGUUAUUUAUGCCCAUUCCACAGAUGAGUAACUGAGGCUCGGGGAGGCAGGCCCCAAAGCCCAGUCUGAAAGCAGCUUCGGGUGCAAGUCCUGGCUGGAGCCUCAGCACCCCCACCUGCCCCCUGUGCCCACAGGCUGGAAGGAGCCAGCCCCCGGCGUCCCCGGAGGUCCCACCGCCCGGGCUGGGCAGGAGGCCGCGCAGGCCAGUGCUUGGCGUAUCACUUUCAGUUCCUGGGAAGAAGGUUAAAUACCUCCGAGGGGCCCAUUGAGGCGGUGGCAGCCAAGUGACUUUCAAAGGGGCCUGAGUGCGCGGCCAGCCCCUCCCCGCGAGCCCAGGCCCCGCUUCCUCCAGGCCUAAUGACAUUCUGGGCUCAGCCCUCGUCUUUGGCGGCAGUUUAACCCGAGCCGGGGCGGAUUUCUUUCUCACUGAUCUCAGCUUGACACCCAAUUAGCACAAGAAUGGGAGGAGGAAGCCUGCGAGAGGCGCCUCCCAGCCUCCCGGGGCGCACGAGGGGGCUGGCGGGAAGACAAAGGGCAGUGGGCAGGGGGGCACCCGCGCCCUCGCCUCCCCCUGCCGACCCCACCAUUGUCCCUCUAGGAGCUUCAGAGGCGACGGAGGCCGACGUUGGGGAUGGUCAUCCCGACUGAGGGGACAGGGAGGGGCCCGAGUCCCUCUUCUGCGUGGAUCCCGGGGGACAGCAUCUGGGUGAGCCCAGCCCCAGGGGAGGCCGUGGUCAGUAAGCAGGGCAGGGACCCUAAAGAGAAGACACCCGGAGUGGAGACCCGACCUGGGGCUCCCUGGCAAGUCAGCGAUUCUGAGCCUCCGUUUUCUCAUUUAAAAACUGGGUUUAAUAACAGUUCCCAUGAGGAACCCGGCAGGUGAUGCAUGUAAAGCCUCCGGCAGGUACAGAAUGGUGUUCAAUAAAACCCUGCUGAGUGACUAUGUUAA